UAUUAAUGUUGAUAAAAUAAGUAAGACAGUACUGUACAUCUAUACCUUUCACUGUAUAACUAAUUGUGCGAAAACUUGUUGUUUGUAGUCACCGUCCAGAAAUACUGUUGCAGUUUUUGUGUUUAUAAAAAGUAAUGAAGUCGAUGAGUAAACGUACCUACAGUCGUAAAAGGAAGGACACAGCUGAAGCAAAGUUCGAUGCUCUGUUUUCAAAUGAACCCAAAGAUGACGUUGUUACUGUUGAAGUAAAACGCGUUCGCACGGGUCCAAGUACUUUUACUGAUUCUCCUUCUGAUUCAAAACUCAGCAAGCGAAUAUGUAAAUCUAAAACAAAUGGAAGCUCACCAAUGAAAACUGAGUUAGCCCCAUUUACAAAGACCAACGAAGUAACUUCUGGUAAUGUUAAGCAAAGUUUUAGUCCAAACCCCGCACUCAUUAAAGUCAAUUCUGGUGUAACGAACAGUUCACUUAACAGCACUGUUACUGGUUCUGUUGGGCAACACCUUUUAAACUCAACUGCACAUUCCAAGUAUGACAUGCUGUUUCAACGAAAUGAAAAAUCUGCCUCCGACAAGUUUGAUGCACUGUUUGGUGAUGGUGGCAGCACAAAUAAAACAGACCAAAACCCUAAGUACAAAGCCGAACCUACUAUAAAAGAUGAAUUUGACGAUUUAUUUGGUUUUGAGACCUCCCCCUCUAAACAGAAUAAGCAUUCCACAAUCCCAAACUCUCAAGAAAAAGCAGUUCAACUCUCGACUCAAAAACUACAACAGAAAUCCCCAAUAAAAGGGGCAACCAUGAAAACAGUGGCAGGUCAUGUUGUUUUAAACAUACAUAGAGGGUCUGGUGCUUCUCCAAAGAAAACGCUGGUUCAAAACAUUACACAGAAAUCAAAAAACACCUCGCAGGUUUCAAAAUCAACCGUUUUAACGACCAAUUCAAUUAGGUGUAAUAAAACUGUCGGUAAAAACAAAGAUUUGAAGAGAGAAACAAUCAGUCCAACUUAUGACAAGAUAAGUAUUACCAAGGCUUCAUACAACUCCAGACCAUGGAUCCCAAGCUCAGAGGAAAUAUGCUCGGAGAAAAGUGAGUCCUUGUCUUCUUCCCAACCCUCUAUGCAAAGCGAGAGCGAAGAGUUUGUUCCUCCCAAGCUCUUUAGAUCAGAGACACUGCCAGAUAAGAUAGGAGAGAGCAUCGUAACUUCCAUCAAAUGCAGGAAAGAAGCAAAGGCGUACUUCACUGUGGUGAAGCACGUCAAGAAUUAUCAGAACUGUCUUGAAGAAGGGGAAGCUCAAGAAUUUGAGGAUGAAGUGAAUUACCUUCUUGAAGGUCUCCAAUCCUCCCAACCAGUAUCUGUACGCUGUCUAUCGUUGACAAACCUCGCAGGCAAGUGUCAACAACCAUCAUUCCGUUUAUAUCUUCGUGCACAUAAUGUUCCAAAGAAGAUAUUUUCUUAUCUAACAGACGCAAUUCAAAACAAGUGUCUGAGCCUCGCUACUGCUUCCCUUCUCUUCAUGUUAAGUCGUGAUCGAAGAAUGGAAAUUGACAAACCCACCCUUCAACUUCUACUCUCUCUACUUGAUCCACUGGACAGGGAGUCAAAUAAUGCUGGUCAAGAAACACCUGCAGAAACAAAUAAAGAGAAAUCGGCGACCAAGUACAGAUUCUUCAAGAGUAAAGAUAAAUCUUCCCAGUUAGAAGAGGAGGCGAGGAACAUGAGGUCUGUGGAACAAAAGAUCCUCACCAUGGUGAAAGGAUGCAGCGAUAAUCUUAUCAAUGAAAAUGUUGUUUCUGUGAAGCGAUUAGCAAGUGAAGCACUGAUUAGGUUUACUGCAAGACAGACACCUGAGUGGUAUCGUGAAGAAGUAAGGCUAAAAGGGGGUUUGGAUCAUAUUAUAUCAUUAGUGAAACAACAUGUUGAUCAUGUGACUGAAUUAUCUGGUUCCGCUCCAGUGAGCAUAGAUGCAAGCUUUCCGCAAGACCGACCACUUUGUAUGCUUGAACGAUUAUUAAAAGUGUUGGAAAACACAGUGAUGCAUUCGCACAGGAACGCCAUGUACCUUGUCACCCAUCUACGUGCCUUGUUGCUUAAGAAGAUUGCACAGUUACUACAACUAGUGCAAAGGCUGCUUGCAAUACACACAUUUGAUGUUGAAAAGAGCAAAACGUUUAAUUCCACUCUAUAUAACGUUAUGUUGCAAGCUAUUAAACUAGUCGUCAAUAUGAGUAAUGAUAACGAAUGGGUGAGCACACGAGUGGGCGACCAGGAGGGAAUGUUGGAAAGCAUCGUAUCUGCUGUGUUAUCGAUGCCUAGGAUGGUGAACGAAACUCGUAGAUACGAACUUGUUCUUUUGUCGUUGAGUUUGCUUGUGAAUCUCGUCGAAUCAAGCGCAAAGAAUCGGCUUAGUUUAAUGAAGAUGACGAUCACAGAUAGUGGCGACAACAUACAAACUAAUUCCAGAUCGGUGGUAGAAGCACUUGUGCAGCUUUUUAUUGACCGCGAGGUGGCGGCACGGAGCAUAGAAGUCCUCGGGGAGGACGCUGGAAAAAAGAAAGCGAUCAAAGAUAAAGAUAGAGAAGUUACGGACGGUGCUUCGGAUACGGAUACGAUACCGGGAUCGCAAUCGAGUAUUGACCAGCGUACCACCGAUGAAGAAGGCGGCCGCUUGGUGGAGACAGAGGACGGCAUGGAGUGGAUUCCAUCGGAAACGACGGAUGACGGAAGCUUGUCGCUCUCGCAGCGUUCUGCGUCAAGCGUGAAGCGCAAUCCGGAAGCCGCGUUAUCCGCAGAGGAUAAAACCGUGAUCAAAAAAAUGGUGGACAAGGCAAGCGUCCACAUGGAACAUUCAAUAGUUGCCGCAUACGCAGCUCUUGUACUAGGAUGUUUGAUUCGUGGAAAUAGAGCCAAUUCAUCCGUGAUCCGAUCCCAUCUCGGGGAAGAUGGAAGUUUUAAUCCUAUGAUCCGCAUCCUCAAGAAGUUCCUCUCUUUUAUGACGCUGACGGGUGGUAUGUCGGGCAAGGAGGAACGAACACUCAACCAAAUAAUUGAAGAUUUGGAUGAUGAAGAAAACAGAAAAGCUACAGUUUCGUGAUUAGAUGACCAACCCUAAAAUACGUUGUAGGAGACCGUUACCUCAUCCCAGCGACUUCGGAAGGGCUGCUGUUGUGUUUUGUUCCGUCUGCUCUCAGUCUUUUGAACAUUGAGACAAAUUCUACGUUUUUUUGUUCAUAUUUACCCGUGUCGCACAUUUGUCGAUCAUGCCACGCUUAUUUAGAUGCCUUUAUAAUCGUCUGUUUAACUCUGUUUUGUAAAUUAUGAUAAUAUUUCAUGUGUUUCUGGCGUUGGUAUACGGACGAGAGCGUUUUUCCUGCAUUUGUUGAGUUGUUUUUGUUAUAACGGUUCUGCUAAGUUAAAAGGAGAUCGCAACGAUUGCUAUCGAGCAAUAAAAAUAAAAUUCUCAAGUUGA